CGUAAGCACAAACGAAAAAUGCGUUCAUUGCAGCCACUUUUAUUUACAUUCCUCGUCCACCUUUCGACUCCAACUACCGUGACGUGGAUGAGAAAUGCAGUGUUCAAUUUGCCGCAAAAUUUCGUCGGUGGGAAACUUCCCUGUUCUAAACAAACCGUGCUAUUUCCCGAAGAACUACAAGAACCCAUUAGAUUAGUUGGUAACGUGUCAGUUAGUGAGAUAAUAUUACCGAAUGACGGUGAACUUUAUUUAGAUGAUGUAAUUAUAGCGUUGGGAGUUGAUGCAGAAGAACAAUGUGAAGAUGAUAGACAAGUAGAAUUCAAAGACGUUUCGUACAGUUCGUGGGAAGAUCCUGAUGUUUGGUAUUCAGAAAAAUUCAAUGAGGCCACGCCUGAUGCGGAACGUGUCCCUUGCCACGAAGAUAUAGUGCUGUUUCCAAAAAAUACACAAAUCGAUAUUGAACUUCCAAAAGAUACACAAUAUAUUAACAUGAUGAUCAUUGGUGAUACUGAAGUAUUGGAUGUUGAUAGUUUGAGAGCAAAUUUCUCAUUCGAUUUCAUACUAAACGAUUACUGGGAAACUGGACUAGCAUUUGUUAAUACGAAAUGCUCAUCAAAAGCUGGUUGCCCUUGCCAAAUAAAUACUCCAGAAAUUAAAUGUUAUAAAAAAAACUGUCCUGAGCCAAAAUGUCUGUAUCCAAUACAACCUACAGGUCAUUGCUGUAAGAUAUGUGGUGGUUCUAUUACCUUCGAAACGACUCCAUCAUUCAACAUGGUGGCUUUCAAAGAAACCGUUGACAAAAUUGUUGGAAGUUAUAAUCGUGAUCAAUUUGUGUAUCAUGUUUCAAAACUUCCUCAAACUUGGGAGUCAUUCAUUGACAGUACAGAACGAGAAGCCAGAAACAAAUUUAAUGAUAUUUCUGGUAAAGUACAUGUGAUCGUAGUGGAAAAAGGUGAAUAUACAGGUGUAAGCACUGAGGUGAUAAAUGAGCUGUAUCAUAGUAUGUCAAGAAUGGAGUCAAAGAAGUUGUUCUUGAGCGGGAAUCCGAUUAAUAUGGUUGGUUUCGGUUGGAAGGUAUUUAUAUCAGCGUUAUUGAUUGUAAUGGGUAUAAUGGGUGUUAUUUAUGUUUACUACUAUAGACUUCCAGAUCACUGGAUUAGGAAUUUCUCCCUGAAUAUGAGUAUACCUGGUAGACCAGUUUUGUCAAGAUUCCAGCGUAGAACUGAUAGUGUUUUGUCUUUGGCAAGGCGGGAUUCCGAAGUAUCCCGUAUAAGUACCGGGGGAUUCAGGAAUCCUAUGUAUGAUUCCAAAAGAGGGAGAGUUGUUGUAACUGAAUCGGUUGAAGAAGAGGAAUAA